AUGAAAUUCUUCCUAACCAUAAUCGCUGUACUGGCUUUGGCGUUGCCCGCCUUUGCCAUUACCAUAGAUCGUUGUACCGUGGUGAAGAAAAUGUCUUCGAUGGGUGUACCCAAAUCGGAUUUACCCAAAUGGGCUUGUAUUGCAGAACGUGAAUCGAAUUAUCGUCUACAUGUAGUUGGUCCCAAAAAUCGUGAUGGUACGCAGGAUUAUGGUAUUUUCCAAAUCAAUAAUCGAUGGUGGUGCAAGGAUGCCAGUGGCCGGAAAACUGCUAAUGGUUGUAAAAUUGCCUGUAAUGAUUUGUUGGAUAAUUUGGAUGCAUCUGCGAAAUGUGCACUCACCGUUAAAAAACAGCAGGGUUGGAAGGCAUGGUCCACCUUAAAAUAUUGUGAAGGAAAAUUGCCCAGUGUGGAUGCCUGCUUCUGA